AUGUCUAAAAACCCAUGCCCAUAUGUGCAUUGCUAUGCACACAGGCUCAAUCUUGUUUUAGUAGAUGCAUCAAAACAUGUUUCAGCUAUUCAUAAUACAAUUGGUUUAUUAGAAGCAAUUUAUUCAUUUCAGUCGUGUUCUUCACUAAGAAACAGUUUAUUUUUGGAAUCACAAGAAGACACUUUAAAAGAAAGUACUUUGAGUAAAAAAUCAAAAGAAGCUGCAGAAGCUAGAGGUUUAUUAAACCAAUUUGCAACUUUUGAUAAUUUAUUGACAAUAUUUUGUUUAGAUGAACUUCUAUUGUGCAUAAACUCGUUGUCAGUUUAUUUACAAACAAAAUCUACAGAUUUAAGUAAGUGCAUAACACUUAUUGAAUGUACAAAAGAUCAAAUAAAAAGUAUGAGAACCGAAAACAAAUUUCAUGAUUUAUAUGAAAAAGUAAUUAAAUCUGUAGAAGAAAUCAGUGGUGAAAUGAGCAUCCCAGUUACGGAAAAGAGAAAAAAGAAUGUAUCAUCAAAACUUACAGAUUAUUUGGUGACAAGUUCUAUAGGACAAAAUCAAAUGGACAACAUUUCUGAACACGAAAUAAAAAUGAAAAGCCAAUACUUUGAAAUAAUUGACAAUAUCGUCAUGGAAAUGAACCGAAGAUUUAAGCAAACAGAACUAAUUGAAGCAGUGGAAGCCUGUAAUCCAAGCUCCAAAAUGUUUUUAGACUUUAACACACUUAUAAAAUUGCCAGGAAUUUCUACAGAUAAUCAAUUUAUUGAAAAGUUGAGAGCACAAUGUGAUUUGGGAAAAAAAAUGUUUGCUGCAGAUUCAAAUUCUAUAGAAGCCUAUUUAUCAAUUAAAAGCAUGGGAGCAUUAUUCUUACAGCUAGAAGUGUACAGACGAAUUUUAGUUAUUCCAAUUUCAAGUGCUACAGCUGAAAGGAGUUUUUCUACAAUGAGGAGAAUUAAAACGUAUAAUAGAUCGACCAUGACCGGAAAACGUUUACACAACCUAGCUCUGCUAUCGAUUAAACGAGAAAAAAGUGAAGAAUUAAUACAAAAUCCAGACGAAAUUUUAAAUGAAUUUGCUAGUAAUAAGUUAAGAAGGUUAAAUUUUUCCAUGUAA